AUGAUGAAGCUUUGGCUCAUUGUACUCUGCCUCAGCGGCGGACGGACGGCAGCAGAGUCUUCUCCCAGCGCCGCCCCGACAGCUCCGACGGCCUCGGCGGCGCCCACUGAGGACGAGAGCGCCCGGCUGGUGGACUGGUUGAUGAGAUAUGGCUACCUGCCCUCCGCUGACCCCUCCACUGGCCAGCUGCAGGCCUGGAGCGCCGUCACCGACGCCGUCAAGGCCAUGCAGAGGUACGCAGGCCUCAGGGAAACCGGAGUGACAGAUGAGGAGACGGUGGCGCUGAUGAGCAGCCCUCGAUGCUCUCUGCCUGACCAGGUGGACACGUCCACACCUGCAGACGGCCCGGACGGGAGGAUGAGGAGGAGGAGGAGGAGGAGGAGGAGGGCCGUCUCCAUGUGGACACGCAGGAACAUCAACUGGAGGCUGCGUUCACACCCCUCAUCCUCUCAUCUGUCUCGGGAGACGGUUCGCUCACUGGUCUUCUAUGCUCUGAGAGUGUGGGCGGAGCCAACACCCCUGGAGUUUCACGAGGUGGGCAGUCCGGAGGCAGCCGACCUGCAGAUAGACUUCCUCCAUGGUUACCACGGCGACGGCUACCCAUUUGAUGGAGUGGGCGGAGCCGUGGGUCAUGCAUUCUUCCCCUCGGACCCCACACGUGCAGGAGGGGUUCAUCUGGAUGCAGAGGAGGAGUGGGCCUUCAGACAGCCGGCCUCUGAGGGCACGGACCUCUUCACGGUGCUGGUCCACGAGUUGGGACACGCUCUGGGUUUGGCCCACUCCUCAUCCCGGCACUCUGUGAUGCGGCCGUACUACCAGGGUCCUGCCGGAGACCCCCUCCUGUACCGCCUGGGAGCUCAGGACCUGGAGCACAUCACCCAGCUCUAUGGUAAAAGGAACCAGCUGCUGGCGACGGACGCUCCUCGCCUCGUCCCAGAGCUCCACAGUCGACACCACCAGCACCGCCUCCAUCACAGACACGGGCACCACGGCCCCCUCAUAGAUCGCUGCAACACCAGCUUUGACGCCGUGGCGAAGAUCCGAGGAGAGACCUUCUUCUUCAAAGGUCUGAGCAUGUGGAGAGUGAACGGUGGGGGCCUGGUGUCGGGACGGGGGGCUUCAGUUCGGAGGCUGUGGAGGGGUCUACCUCCUGAUCUGCCUCGGCUUCACGCCGUGGUGGAGAGACGGUCGGAUCACGCCAUCAUCUUCAUCAGCCGCCCCCAGUUCUGGCUGUUCAGAGACCUGUCCCUGCAGGACGGCUACCCCCAGCCGCUGUCCGCCCUCCGGAUGGGGCCGAGCCUGGCUGGAGAGGACGCCGGCGAGGAAGAGGAGGAGGAUGGGGGAGCGGGAACGGGGCGGUGGGGCCUGCUCUGGGAGCCAGAGGAGGGGCCUGUGUGGGGGCAGUUAGCGGCUGAGGAGGACACGGAGGACGUCUGGACUCAGCUGCUGAAGGGCGGAGUCAGCGGGAUCACCACGGACAGCAACGGCUCCGUCUACCUCUUCAAAGACCACUUGUACUGGAAGUUCUCCUUCCCAGGCUCCUCUCCUCAGGACGGUUACCCACGAUCCUCUGCAGCAGACUGGUUGGACUGCAGCUCUUCCUCCUCCUCCUCCUCCACCUCCUCCUCCUACUCCUCUGUGGACAGACUCUCUCUUCCAGCGGGGAAGCAGGAGCUGAGGGAGAGAGGGAGGGAGGACAGAGAGGAGGAGGAGGAGGGAGGAAGAAGGAGGAAGGACAGACACAGGCAUAGGCAGGACGGCAGCGUCCACACCUGGACACGGUGCAGCUGUCAGAACCGAGCGCCGGACAGCCGGUCACCUGGUGUGAGCGCUGCUGUACUGCUGGGCGUUUGGACGCUGUGCACUAUGUGA